GAAGUCUUCCCGAUCAAAACUUAAGAGGAGUGUAGGCUGGUUUCCAAACGUCAAGUCGUCUUCUUAUUCUCCCUCGAAGCCGCCAAACUGCGGUCUCCUUCAACACCAUCACUGCUUUAGUUUCUCUCUGUAACUUUCAAAUUCAAACAUCACAACAGAGGGAAACCUUGUAGAAACCCCUCUCCACCACCAACAGGUAAACCUCAUAAACAUCUCCUGCUCAAAAUUUGAUUUCUCUGUUGUUUAAUGUUACUGAACUAGAGAGCUAGUUAUGGCAUCAAAGCUGCUUAAACUCACUGCCUAUGAGGCAAAAAACGAGCUUGAACUCUCUCUAAAGCAAGCCUUUGAGGAGCUUGAACCAAAACUAAGACCCCCAUUUCCGUUAACAAUACCAAGCCCUCAAGAAUAUUCCAGACUCAAUCUUGCUAUUCUUUAUGGGGUUUUAACCGAACCCCAUUUGGCUAAAACGCAUAUAAAGCAUCUUCAUGCUAUUGUCACUGAUGGGUAUGCUUUGUUUGUUAGUUUGAUUGUGAAAAUUGUUAAUGAUUUGUAUGGCAAGUUAGUUGAUUCGGUGAAGGAUCAAUUGGUUUGGGUUGUUAAAGAAAUGGUUGAUGUUUUAGGAGUGGGAUUUGAUGGUUUCUUAGUGUGUUUGUUGAGGCAAAUUGUUGGUGGGGAUUUUAGUGAUGGGAAUUUGUGGUUGUGCUUUGAGUUGGUCUCCCUUUUUUCAAGCAAAUGGGAUUGUUUAGUAGAAGAUGCGCCAUUUGUUUUAACUAGUGCUUUGUAUGUGUAUCUACGGGUAUUAGCUGAUCACUGUAAGGUAUCGACUGAUGCUAAGAUGGAAUCGUUGAAAAGAUUAGAGAUUGAGUUUUGUGUCAAGAUGUUGAGGGAGCAAUUUAAUUUGUGCAUGAAGAUUGGGAGGGACCUUAUUAGAUUGCUUCGAGAUUUGGUUCAUGUCCCUGAGUUUCGAGCUAUCUGGAAUGAUUUGGUGUUGAACCCAAGUGAAUUUAGGACAGAAGGCUUUUCAGAUAUUUCACAGUUGUACUGCUCUAGGACUUCUAGUCGGUAUUUUUUGCUUCGAAUUACUCCAGAGAUGGAAACCCAAUUGAGGUUUCUACUCAUGCAUGUGAAGUUCGGGAAUCAGAAGCGAUACCAAGUGUGGUUUGCCAAGAAGUUUCUUUUUGGACAAGAGAGAGAGACACUUGUAGUUGACAUUAUUCGCUUCAUAUGUUGUGCACACCACCCAUCAAAUGAAAUUAUUCAGUCAGACAUUGUACCAAGAUGGGCUGUUAUAGGUUGGCUUCUAAAAUCUUGUAGAGAAAAAUAUGUUGAAGCUGAUAUGAAGCUGGCCUUAUUUUAUGACUGGCUUUUUUUUGAUGAAAAAAUUGACAACAUAAUGAACAUUGAGCCUGCAAUGCUAUUAAUGGUGUGCUCAAUACCAAAAUAUAUAGAUAUAACUCACUCUCUUCUUGAAUUUUUAUUGUUUAUUGCUGAAAACUAUGAAGAGGACCGUAAUUAUGUCAUUAGAAGGGGUUUGUCAUCAGCUAUGAGGAUGCUUGUUCAAAAAGGAGUGGUUCGGUCAAUGGAUAUUCUGACUUCAUGUGAUGCACUUUCUCCUUUUCUAAGAGAGGGACUUAGGAAGUUAAUAUUGCGUUUGAAUAUUGAAAGUAAUGAGUUGCAACCAGCCCAUCUUCCUCCUCAUUCUGUGUCACGUUCGAGUUUGCAAAAUGUUUCUCAUCUUGCAAUAACAACACCAGCUCCGGAACAACAAUCUGCAAAGAUUGUGGAAGUAAGGCUUAGCAAAGAACCUGCUGGUUCUUCUAUUCCCAUUUCAGGUGACCUGUUUAUGACUUCUUGCCCAUCAAAUGUUACCAUUGAAAGUCAAUUUGAUGCUAUUGAGAGCUUAGCACAAAAUCUGGCAGAAGCUAUGAAGAAGUCAAAUAGAAUGGGGCUUCAGAUUUUGGAGGAAAUACUGCUCUCAUUUGUGAAUCUUGAUGGCCAAGCAUCAACAUGUGGUUCAACUUUCCCUGAAACUUUAUCUUCAAGAAUUGCAGAUCAAUUUGAAUCCAUUGGCAAUCGAUUAUUUGCUCCUUUUGAUGUCAGCAUUAGUGUUCCUUCUUCUGACAGUGGAAUUCAUUCGCCCACAAUCAUAAUUGCACGCUCCUUCAUACUUUCUCAGCAUGAACGGUUGCAAGAAAUGCUUCUAUUCUGGUUAAGGAAUGGUUUUCAUGUAGGAGCUCACUUACUAUCUUAUGCAACAAGGCUAGCUUAUGAGGCAUGUAUAUCAGAUUCUUCAGGAAAUGCAAUCAUCAACAAUAAUUUUUCUAAGAUAAGUGACUCAGGGAUGUCAUUACUACUCUUUCAUGUUGAUGGGUAUUUUUCUAUUCUGAAUGGAAGGAAACAAGAUUUUCUCGAAGGCAGUGUUUCUACUUCUAAGAUGGAUAAGGAAUUAGUUAAUAUGUUGGUAAAAAAUGCUUUUGCUGCAUACAAAUGUUUCCUUGAACGUUCAAGAACCAUCCUGCAUAAAGAAGAUGAUUUAGCUCUGUCAAAGCUAUUCAUUCUAGACAUAACCUCUUGUUUUCUUUGUGAAAGAAAAAAGACAAAGUUCUUCUACAGCAUCUUCUGUCAUCUUGCCGACUUAUGUGCUGGCAACAUUGAUAUCAUCAGGUUCCUUGUGAGUCAGUUGGAUCAUGCUGAUCUUCUUGAAAUGCAGUUUGAAAUUGGGCUGAAGAGAUUCUUCGUGUUCGGGGAGAGCACUGAAGAUAUUUUUCACUUAAUGAAGAACUCUCUCAGUUGGGAUCCUUCAGAGCAGCACAAGCUUUGGGGCUUGAUCAGAUCAGAGCUUGCUGUUUCUAAGGUUCAGCUGGAGAAGAUCAUUUUGAAAUUUUUCUGCUCUAAUGAGCUGGAUGCAAAUACAAGUGCCAUUGCUGUGGGAGGCCUUCUUACAUUGUGCAUUUGCCGUGCUCCCACACCUGAGCUUGUUGGGGCAAUCAUGUUGCUGCCUGAUGAUGUAUUCCAGGACUUUGCUGCUACAGUUUUGGCAUCAUGGGUUGUCUCUAAUGCCUCAAAGCUAUUUGACAGCUUGACUAAAUUUUCAGAGAAAUUUGACAAUGAGAAUGGAAAUGUUGCCGGUUCAGUUGGGAUUGUGAUAAACCAUUCUGCAAUUCUCUGGUUGUUGAAUUAUUUUAAAUCACAGGGGAUGAAUGGCUCCAAUAUUUUAAGCACCUUUUCUGCAAGUAUUUCUUGUGAAAAACCAGCGUAGACAUUGUGACUGAAUUGGGUUAUUAGUGAUGGUUCUGCAUUCAAAUGUUUAGCCUGGUUUCAUUCAUGCAUCUGAGAACCCUGAGUUUUCGGAUGCAAUGGGUGCGAAGGGAAUUGUAUUACUUGUCCCCCAGCUCAUGAAUUGCAGCACUCUGGGAUAAGAUUGGCUCAUCCUUCCUGGCUCAAGCAGCAGAUGUUCCUACAUAUUUAAAUUCUAUCUUUCAGGUGACAUAUAUAGGAAAGCAUGUGUACAUACUACAUAUAAAAGAGGAAACAAUUGCAAGUUGUAACUUGUUGAGUACCCUGCAAUCGUCAAGGCAUCUUGGUUGGUGGUGGUAAUGGCCUAAUAAAGGAGUGCUUCAUUCAUGACUACACUGCAAUAUCUGAUUUAUGAUUCAGUAACAGAAUAUCGAAUGCUAAAUCUCCAACUCUUAAUAUAUAUCUGGUAUUGUUCAAAAUCAAGGCUUAUCAUAUCACCUAUCAGGCCUCUUGAAAUGUUACUCUCAUACCUUAUUUAUAUCACUAGUUGGACUAGUCCAUGCUUUCUUUUGAAAUUUCUAGGCUCAUAAUUAUAAGUCCGGUCAUUGUUCAAGCAAAGUUCUACUGCCUUUCAUUUUGAAUAAAAUUCUGCUGUUACUGCUAUUGGUGAAGUGUGGAUCUUUUUUUAUUUGCUUGUGUGGAUCUUAUUUUGAUUUGCUUUUUUGAAUUUAUCAGAGAGUCAAGAUAUACAAGUCCACCUACACUGAUCAAUAUGGAAUGUAGCUCCAUAGCUGUGAUUGUAAUGUUCCUCCUGCAUGAAAACAUAAUUAAGGAGGAUGCCAUUAUUGUUAUGCCACUGGAGACUGCCAAAAAGCUAGAGCAGGCAGAGCGAAGGUCUGCAAAAUGUGAGUCAUGAGGAGCAGCUACUGUAGAGUUUUUUCUAUAGGAUAGACACUAGCAAGUAUUACGUUUUUGAUUGACCCUUAGUUACAGGUGCGUGAACCCUUUAAGACGCAAGUUCAGGUGGGUGUCAUACUCAUUAGCUGUUAUUUCAUGUGGCCUUUUGCAUUAAUUUCUGGUUUGAAAUGCUUUAAUCUAGAAACAUAUUUGAAAACGACGUGUCAGCGCGGUUCUAACGAACUGGUCUUCGUAGUGUAAUGCAUGGAUAAACAUAAAGGUAGUAGUUUCUUGCACUAUUUUGCUCCUGUUCUUUUGAGUGAAUUGACCUAAUUGUUUUGUCUUCCAA